AUAAAUGCGUCCGGGUAGCAGCUCUUCCGCUUGGAGAGCGUACACAAAGUAAAUAACAAUCAAAGUAGCAGUUUGUUCUGUUUUUAACGGCUGUAGUCUUUAAAUAUACUUUUAAACUAAAUAUGAUUUAACAGGAUGAACAUUUAAAGACGCAGUUUUAAGAUAAUUUCGGAAUAUGGAUACGGGAGGCUCAAAGAAAAUGCGGCCCAGGGAGCUCCCGCCUCUUCCACAGCGAGGCCAGAGAACGCUUCCUACAAUGCUCAGUCAAGACACAGUUGGAGAAGUGCCUGCACCAAAACACAAGAAGAAGAGGGUGAAAAAGGAGACGAAUGGAGUUGAUGAUAUGGACGAUCAGGGGGUGGAGAUGGGGGGUCUGGGUAGCAGGAGGGCGUCUGAGGUCGGAGAGCAACUGUCCCUUGAACCCACAACUGAAGCUCCCCCACAGAGGAGGAGGAAGAAGAAGAAAGCCGCCACUAUCGAUCUUGAAGAUGACCAAGCUGAUCUGGUGAACGGAGAUAUGGCUGAUCAGACCACAGAUGGAGAGGAGGUGGUCAAAAAACCCAAAAAGAAAAAGAAGUCAAAAGUUGUUGAAUCGCAGCCUCCCAAUGAGCUGGAAGUAGAAGAGGAUGAUAUUAUCACCGACACCCCUCCUCCCAUCCCCCAGCAUUCCCUGUUCUCUGCCCCGCAGGGUCAGAGCCAGCCGGUCGGAAAGGUCUUUGUGGAGAGGAACAAGCGUUUCCAGGCAGCAGAGCGCUCAGAAUGGAGGAAGACCAGCGAGCAGAUGGAUAACAUGACGGACUUCCAGCAAAUGCAGCCGCUCUGGACCACCAGAGAUGUUUCUCUUAGGGUGCACGAAGGCUUCAGGGUGUUUGGUCUGUACUGUCACGGCUUCCUGGCGGGCUACGCCGUGUGGAACAUCGUGGUGGUGUAUAUGUUGGCGGGGCAGCACCUCACUGCUCUGUCCAACCUGCUGGAGCAGUACCACAGCCUGGCUUACCCCUACCAGUCUCUGCUCUACAUGCUGCUGGCCAUCAGCACCGUGGCUGCCUUCGACAGUAAACAUGCUCUGCUUCUCAGAGUGAAUCUGGCCAAAGGCUCCAUGGCUCUGCGGGAGUUAAUCACACUGGACCCUGUCGCUCUCGCCUCAUUCUUGUAUUUCUCAGCGUUGGUCCUCUGUCUGAGCCAGCAGAUGACCAGCGAUCGAAUCAACCUGUACCCAUCCUUCAACACGACGUUAUGGCCACCAGGAUCAGAGCACCAGAUUCUCCACCCCUGGGUGACAGUCAACCUGGUGGUGGCGCUGCUUGUUGGCCUGGCCUGGAUCUUCAUCGCUACCCGACCUGUGACAGACUACACAGAGGGUUAUCUGAUGGCCAUGGAGAUUGAGCCGCCCAAACCAGAGGACAAAUCAGAAAUGACCGCCUGAUGAAGCUCUGACACUACAGCUCUGUUUGCACAUGUUUUUCAGCAGUGAACUCUGAAUGUGUUGUACUGUGUAUUGUUUUUGUAUUUUUGAAACGUGAAUGUGCUCAUUUCUUUUUAAAUACAGGGUUUUAUCCAACAAAA